AUGUGUUCUGUCACACUGGUGGACUGCAGGAAACUGAUGGAGAUGGAAACACAGACCACAGUGAAGGAAGAACAGACUGAUGAAGAUGAGAAUCAUGAUGAUUUUGUUCCUUCAGGUAAACUGUUGAACUGCAAUAACAUGGAGAUAAAAACAGAACCCAAAUCAGAGGAAGAUCAAACUGAUGAAGAUGAUGACUUUAUACCCUCAGUGGACACUGAUGUAGUUUCAGAUGUGCUGGAGGUUGUUGUUAACGCUGUUGUGUUUGUUUCAGAUGAGAGCGGUGAUUCAUGUUGUGAUGGAGAAACGGCCUCUACAUCAAAACAGCGACUGACAGCACAAACUCUUUCCUGCAUCACCUGUGGAAAGACAUUCAGUUCACAGAGACGUUUAGAGACACAUGAGAGAAAACACACAGAACAGAAACUCUUCACCUGCACCAGAUGUGACAUCAGCUUUCCUACCUUACAAGAGAAGAAACUUCAUUCACAAGAGCACAGACACCAGAAACACUUUCACUGUCAGCAGUGUGGGAGAGCUUGUGUCUCGUCUUCUAGUCUGAACGCUCACAUGAGGACACACACUGGAGAAAAACCUUUCCACUGCAGUCAAUGUGACAAAUAUUUCAGCACCAAAUCAAAUCUUGUUGUUCAUCAGAGAAUUCACACGGGAGAAAAACCGUACGCGUGUCCUCACUGUGACAAGAGAUUCAACCACAAACCUCAUCUGAAGAAACACAUGCGUUCACACAACGAUGAGAGACCGUAUGAGUGCAGUGAAUGUGGAAAAACCUUUAGACAGUCAUAUGGUCUGAAGGUACACCAGAGAACUCACUCUGAGGAGAAACUCUAUCAGUGUUCACACUGUGAUAAACGCUUCGGUCAGAAAGCUAAUCUGAUAACUCAUGAGAGAAUUCACACUGGAGAGAAACCUCAUCACUGCAGUGUUUGUGGGAAGAGUUUCACUCAACAUGCUAACCUACUAAAACACCAGAGAACUCACACAGGUGAAAGACUCUAUAAAUGUUCUCAGUGUGACAAGACGUUUGCUCGAUCAGAUGGCUUGAGAACCCAUGAGAGAGUUCACACUGGAGAGAAACCUUAUCACUGCUCCAUCUGUGGAGAGAGAUUCACUUAUGUAGGAAGUUUAAAUUCUCAUCAGAAGAAACAUGCUGAAGAACAAACUGCACUGGAAUCAUCGUAGCGUUUUCUACAAUUU